AAGUAUUUGAAAUUGCAUUCGAUGAAAAUGAUAGUUUCUAUCCUUUGUGCAAAAGAAUUGUUCUAAUUUUUGAACUAAUCAAACAAGUAAUCAAUUUGCUUAAAAGUCAUAUAGCAACUUUGGCUGAUUGUUUUAUAGGAAUAGUUCAAAUAGCUAUUGCUCUUAAGAAAAUACCCACUAGUAACAAUCUUCGCACUCUUGCUAUUGCUGUAUUCAAUACUCGAUAUGAACAAUUCGACAUUUCUUCAUAUCUUCUAACUUAUUUCCUUCAUUUCAACUACAGAAAUAAUGGUUUAAAAAGAAAGUUCUAUAAUAUUUGUGAAUUGGCAGUUAGUUAUUAUAAAGAUAUGCAUCAUUGUGAAAAAAAAUGUUGUGAAUUAGUAAGUUAA